UCUGUGAUUGGUUGACAGGACCUCAACGAGUGCUCCCUGGAGCCACAGAGGAACCGGUGAGCACGGAACAGGGGGGUAAAAUGGCGCUGUCUCAAGGAACAAAGAAGAAAGUUUGCUAUUACUAUGACGGUGAUGUGGGGAAUUACUACUAUGGCCAGGGCCAUCCCAUGAAACCGCACAGGAUCCGUAUGACGCACAACCUCCUCCUCAACUAUGGACUGUACAGAAAAAUGGAGAUCUAUAGACCACACAAAGCCAGUGGUGAAGAGAUGACAAAGUACCACAGUGAUGAUUACAUUAAGUUCCUGAGGUCCAUCCGACCGGACAACAUGUCUGAGUACAGCAAACAAAUGCAGAGAUUCAAUGUUGGAGAGGACUGUCCAGUCUUUGAUGGUCUCUUCGAAUUUUGUCAGCUCUCAACAGGUGGCUCUGUGGCUGGAGCAGUGAAGCUGAACAAGCAGCAGACAGACAUCGCCAUCAACUGGGCCGGCGGGCUCCAUCACGCCAAGAAGUCAGAGGCCUCUGGUUUCUGCUAUGUCAAUGACAUCGUGCUGGCGAUCCUGGAGCUGCUUAAAUACCAUCAGAGGGUGUUAUACAUUGACAUUGACAUCCACCACGGUGAUGGAGUAGAGGAGGCCUUCUACACCACAGACAGGGUCAUGACCGUGUCUUUCCACAAGUAUGGGGAAUACUUUCCUGGCACUGGAGACCUGAGGGACAUUGGAGCAGGAAAGGGCAAGUACUAUGCAGUGAACUACCCUCUCAGAGACGGUAUUGAUGAUGAGUCCUAUGAAGCCAUCUUCAAGCCUAUCAUGGCUAAAGUCAUGGAGAUGUACCAGCCUAGUGCUGUGGUGCUGCAGUGUGGAGCUGAUUCUCUGUCUGGAGACAGACUGGGCUGCUUUAACCUCACCAUCAAAGGUCACGCCAAGUGUGUCGAGUACAUCAAAACUUUCAACCUUCCUCUGCUGAUGCUGGGCGGCGGAGGCUACACCAUCCGCAAUGUGGCCCGUUGCUGGACCUACGAAACCGCCGUCGCCUUGGACUGCUCGAUCCCCAAUGAGCUACCGUACAAUGAUUACUUUGAGUAUUUUGGCCCUGAUUUCAAGCUGCACAUCAGCCCCUCCAACAUGACCAACCAGAACACCAACGAGUACCUGGAGAAGAUCAAACAACGCCUGUUUGAGAACCUGCGUAUGCUGCCUCAUGCCCCCGGUGUCCAGAUGCAAGCGAUCCCAGAGGAUGCCCCUCACCCAGAUAGCGGAGACGAGGAGGAGGAAGACCCAGACAAACGCAUCUCUAUCCGAGCCCACGACAAGAGGAUAGCCUGCGAGGAGGAGUUUUCUGAUUCUGAAGAUGAGGCGGAGGGGCAAGGUGGGGGGCGCCGGAACGCAGCUAACCACAAGAAGGCUAAACGAGUGAAGAAGGAGGACGAGAAGGAAGGAGAGGAAAAGAAAGAAGUCAAAGAGGAAGAGAAGGAGGAGGAGAAAAUGGACACAUCAGGACCAAAAGAAGAGGUGAAGACGACCUGAAGACCGGCACACAGAGGAAUGGAUGGUUUUAUUGUUAUCCUCAAGCCCCUCUUGAUUCCUGUAUUCUCCCACUCCAGUGAUAGGACCUUUUUCUAUUCCUGUUUUUAUUAUGUGCUCUUAGAGGCAAGCCUGAUUUACACUGUCACCUGUUUACAAGCCCAGUGAUGCGCCGGUAUAAACCCCACCCGCCUGGUGCUCCAUGUAGAAUAAAAUGAAUCCCUGUGAGCUGGUGUGUAAACCAGGUUUGCUCUAAUAAUAUUCGAGAGCCACCCAGAGUGUUACUGUUCCUAUCCUGGUAUUUCACUCUGAAGUCCCUGCAGAGAUGUAGAUGAUUUCCAAGUGCUCACAUGCAAAAAGGCUUUGUUAGUUUUCAGACAUCUAUUUAUGAUACUGUGAUACUGAAUAACCAGCAUGAGGCACUGUUUGCCUCUCUGUGUUGCUUCACUAGUGAAUGCAUGUUUAGAUUGGUCUUGCCUUUAGCAUGUACUUAUUACUGCCUUUGCCCAAACAGUCCCUGAUCUCUGCUCAGUAACUUAUUUAAAAUCACAAGUACAGUCCCCUCAGCCCAUCUUCCUAUGAAUAUCUGCUCUGUUUUUUUAUUUUAUUCCUCCAUUGUAUGUUUAUGUAAGGAUGAGUGUGAACCUCUUCUGGGGUUAGUGUUGGGGUAUGAGUGACUUAUUUUAGAUAUUUUGUACCAUUAUACAUGAAGGUGGAGUGAGCCUCUACAUGUGCUUGUUUGGAGUUCUAUCCUUGUGAAAUGUGCAUUAUCAGAACUUUGUUAUAAAAAAAUAAAUAAAAGAUAAA